AUGGAGGAGUUCCAGCAGGGAGGAACUCCAGCCAUUGCGCCGGUGCCGGCACCGGCGCCGGUGGAUCUCCUCCUCCUGCCGGGCUUCCGUUUCCACCCCACGGACAACGAGCUGGUUUACUACCUCAGGCGCAAGGUCCUCCCCCUCCUCGAUGACAUCCAUGCCUUCAUCCCCGAGGUCGACCUCUACAAGUCUGAGCCCUGGGAGCUACCACACAAGUCAUUUUCACCCGGCGGCAUGGACGACCCCGGGGCUAAACUAGAGUGGUACUUGUUCGCCCCAAGGGGCCGAAAAUACGCCAACGGGUUUCGGAUGAACCGAGCGACCCGAGACGGGUUCUGGAAGUCCACGGGGAAGGAUCGUCCCAUCAUGAACCAUCAAGUCACCAUGGGCAUGAAAAAGACGCUUGUGUACCACCUCGGACGCGCACCCAACGGCAUGCACACCGAUUGGGUCAUGCACGAGUACCGUCUCCACCACCACCACAUCCAGGACACCUACACGUUGUGUAGGAUCGUCAAGAAGAAUCCCCUGACCCCACCGCCGGAGAUGCGCACGGACAAGGAUGGGUUACACACCAUGCUCGGCGGUGCCGGCACGGACAAUGAAAAAUCAUGGAUGGAGUUCAUUUGCAAUGAUGACUACUGGAAGCAGUUCAUAGGCGAUGAUGCCUGGUAUUCCGACGCCGCCUAG